UCGAGCGCGUCCCGUGACCAUGGAGACGACGCUCACUUGUCCGGGGCAGACGGGGGGCCAUCAGCUGAUCCUCACAACCAAAACACUACACCGUUCACUCCGCUCCUCUGAAAUGCCGUCCGUGUUGUUGACAGACUCCAUAUCAGUGGAAUUGGGAGCUCAAGAACCAUGGCCAAAUGAUGUGAAAUUAUUUCAGCAAUAUGAAGUUGAGCAGAUCUUACUGCCUGACAAUGCCAACUGCUUGGCUGUACAGGCUUUCCUUAAAAUGUGCCAUCUGAACUUUAGCUUAGAAAUGAGAGGCAACGCUGAACAUAUGUCACCUAGUGGUCGUGUGCCCUUCAUCAAGGCGGGUGCAUUUGUGGUAGCAGAACUGGACCCCAUUGUAGCCUUUGUCGCGAAUAAGGGUGUGACACUGACAGAGGGGCUGGACACCACACAGAAGGCAGAUAUGAGAGCCUACAUGUCACUUGUCAGCAACGUUUUGGCAAAUGCUGAGUUAUACAUUUCAUGGAUUGAUCAAGUAACAUUUGAAGAGGUAACAAAACCGCGAUUUGGGUCUGUCUAUCCAUGGCCAAUUAACCGUAUUCUAACAAACCAGAAGCAUAAUCAAGUCACACGACGCUUGCGUGUUCUUGGGUGGAAGCAGAAGUCCCUGGAGGAGGUGUAUAAUGAAGUGGAGCAUUGCUGUAGUGCUCUUUCCGAGCGCUUAGACAAGCACGAAUUCUUCUUUGGUAACAGCCCAACUGAACUUGAUGCUUUGGUGUUUGGACAUCUCUUCACUCUUCUAACAACCCCACUGCCAGACAACCGAUUGGCAACCAUUGUACGAUCAUUUGGCAAUUUAGUGAAACUCUGCCGGGUGAUUGAAAAGGACUUCUUUGAGAGAAAUAAUGGAGGCAGCAGCAAUGGCAAUGGUGAAGGAGAUUAUGAUAAGUUGGAAGAUUUGAACCAGCUACCAAUGUGAUCAUGUAGAGGUUCAUCACAUAUUCUUGGGUGAUGUUGCAUAUAUCUGUCUGUCUUUACAAAAAACAUGAUAGGAAAAUAGGGUGGGGGGGAGAUGAAAAAAAUAUAAAUAAACUAGGAAAUAUAAAAUACGAGCAGCUGUAAAGGAGACCAUUCUUGUGACAUAGCAGUUGAAAGUGUUUGACAGUGAAGGUCUCGGUCAUUAAUAUUGCGAUAUAGGUUUCAGAGGUGGCUGGGUCAGUUAUAUUUAAAAAGUUGUACAUAUCAGUGAGGAUAUCUGGAAAUGAUAUGUAUUGUGGCCAAACUGCAUUGAUAUUUUUUGGGAAAUCGAUUUUAUGGAAAACAGUUAAACAAAAUUACUGUACAGUAUACUGUAAUUUUCAAGAUUUAAAUAGAACAAAAUUAAGCACUUUGUUGUGUUGUAAAGACAAGAAAAGAAGGAAUUUCUUUUAAUGGUGAGUAAGUUUUUAAUUUUUAUAAUUUGUUAAUGUGGUGACCUAUCACGCAUUUUUCAUCUUAUUUUCCUGUAUUGCUAUUUCAAGGCCUUUCAUACAGCAACACAGACUUGCCUCUGCUUUUUAGUAACUUAAUUAUAGUGUAAAUAGAUCCAUAAUACACCUUUUCACAUAUUCGUUGAGACAUUGCUGCGUAACUAUUUGACAAAUUUCAUAACCGAAUGACAGAACACAUAUCGAAUGACAAUCUAAAAUAACUGUUGGUGGUAUGUCAUUCUCCAAUUGUUACAUUUUCAAACUAUAUGUAGACUGUCGGUUUAUUGUUCACGUCUGUCAACUUCAUAACUUAUGUCAAUCACUUCCGUUAGCAUGAACGAACAGUUAUUUUAGAUUGUCAUUCGAUAUGUGUUCUGUCAUUCGGUUAUGAAAUUUGUCUAAUAGUUAUGUAACAAUGUCUCAACGGAUAUGUGAAAAGGUGUACCGAAGGCUAAUCAAUAACUUUUUAAUACUUUAUUGUUGUGUGAAAAUAUAUAGGCAAGAGAAAUUUAUUCCUUUUAUUUUUCUUAUGCAACUAAAUUGUAUAAGUGAAUCUUGUGCCUCAUAAGUGUAUAAUAACAGAACAUAUAAUAUAUACAAACAAAGUAAUAUAUAAUAAUUUCAUCCAAACCCUUUCUUUGUACGGUGAUUUUUCUGAGAUAUGUUUACAGCUUGCCACAUACAGUACAGUACUCCAAUAGACAUGCCGUAUUGCAUGUAAAUAAUCUGGACUGGCCCCACAUAUAUUUUACAAUAAAUUUUAGAAUCUGUCA